AUGGAGAACCUGGUUAACCUCUGGGCUGUAGAUAUUGAAUUAGCAAACUGGCAAGAAAUCCAUUACUUACUUAAAGAUUUUGAAAUCAAGUAUUGUUAUGUGGACAGAAAUAAAAGAACAGCGUUUGUUACUCUGUUAAACGGAGACCAAGCUCAGAGCGCCAUUCGGAAGUUUCACCGUUACUGUCUUCGGGGAAAGGAAAUCUCUGUGCAGCUCCAGCCAACAGAUGCUCUGCUGUGCAUCACUAACCUGCCCGUUUCAUUUACCUUAGAAGAGUUUGAAGAACUUGUGCGUGCCUAUGGCAAUGUCGAGAGGUGUUUCUUGGUCUAUAACGAAGUUACUGGUCAUUCCAAGGGCUAUGGCUUUGUGGAAUACAUGAAGAAGGACUCUGCUGCAAAGGCAAGACUGGAACUUCUAGGGAAGCAGUUGGACGAGAGCAUUCUCUUUGCACAGUGGAUGGAUGUGAACCAGCUGACGACAAAUCUUAUUCACUCCAAGUGCCUUUGUGUAGAUAAACUUCAAAAAGACCACGCUGAUUCAAAAGAACUGAUCCAAACUUUCUCCCUGAAGUAUAAACCGGUUUUCUGCCAGUUUGCUCAGGAUGAAGAUAGUUGUAUUGGUGACUUUGCUGUGGUUGAGUAUGAAACUGCAGAGCAGGCUGAGAAGGUGCGAGAAGUCACCGAUGGAAUGAUGAUCAAAGGCAGGAGAAUCCAGGUGUCCUUCUGUGCUCCAGGAGCACCGGGCAGAAGCACCUUAGCAGCACUUAUAGCAGCACAAAGGAUGAUGAGAAACAACAGGAAAGGCUUGCUUCCAGAGCCAAAUCCAGUGCAGAUUAUGAAAAGUUUUAAUAACCCAGCAAUGUUGCAAAUGCUCCUGCAGCCCCAGUUGCGUGGACACGCUGUUAAACCUGCAGUUCUUGGAGCAUCUGCAGGUUUACCUCACCUUAUAAACUCAGCAGUUGGCCCACCUUUUUUGCAGCUGAAUAAAGUUCAUCAGAGUUCAAUUCUGGGGAGCACAUCUAAUUUACUGCUGCAGAGCCCUGCUCACCUCCCAUUGCCCCAGCAGCAGCUGAUGAAGAUUGAAAACAUCCAGGCUAAUAGUAAGCCAGGUUUGCUGGGAGAACCUCCAACGAUGCUGUUCCAGACAGUGCUGGGAAUAGGGGUGGUGCCAUCAGUGAGCUCAGGCAUGGGAACCCGUGGAGAAGCUCUCAAAUCAUCUAAUCUGCCUCCAAUUCAAACAGCAGCAGCAGCAGGGCUGGGCAUCCUGCCAUUCUUCCCGAAUCAGCACAUUGUUGGACAGGCCCUGCCAGGGCCCAACAACGCGCCAGAGAAACCGUCGCCCGCCGAAGCCGUGGUCUCGGGAUCACAGCCCUAUCUCCAGACCUUAACCAACCUUCCUGCAGCACCUCUGUGGGCUGGACAUGCCAAGCAACAGAGUCAACUCAAAAGUGCUGAUCCGAGUCUGGGGACUCCCUUGAAAAAACAAACUUCACUCCUAGGAGAACCACCAAAAGAAAUACGUCUGAGUACCAACCCCUACUUGAACUUGGCAAGUGUGUUGCCUGGUAUUUGUCUUCCAGCAAUUGCCAGCAAAGCCUCCAGUCCACCACAGCAAACUGGCCUUUCAAACAACAUGGUGGAUGCUGCUGUGUCUCAGGGAACUACAUCACAACAUGCCAUGGAAAGUUAUUUUAAUUACUCUCAACAGCAUGGGGAAUGCACACAGGAGGCUGUUCAGCACUGGUAUCAGCCUUGUGCUCAGGCCUGUAAUUCUACCCAGGCAAGAGUCGGUGAAUUUGAAAAUGAAGCUUCUGAGGAAUCUACAGGUGGAUUUUACCCAGACUACAGUACCUGCUUGCAGGUCAUGCCUGCUCUUUACAGUGGAGCCCAGGGAUCACACCAGCCAGGCAGCUUGAAGCUUCCUCCACAAAACCCCUUAAAUAAGGUGGCUCCGAGCAGAAGCGAGAAGCGCGGCGCGUCCUUCCUCGCUCCCUCCCCAGACCCGGGCCCCGCGGAGCUCCUGGGCCCGCAGCCCCCGCCGCGCUUCGCAGAGUCCGCGCUGAAGAAGAAGCGCGUGUACUGA